UAUCCCGUCUCCUCCCCGGGACACCUAACUAACAAAAGCUGCAGAAGUCGGGGCAACUCGACAGGAUCUAACUCCUACCCUGGUGACAGGACCCCAACAUAAUAAACAACACCUGAUAACAACUACCACUGACGGGGCUUUAGAGGCUGUGACCCCACUGCCUAACUAGCCCCAUAAAACACCCAAGAAGAAGAAGCAUAGACAAGCAAAGCCAGGGGAAGAAAAGAGCAGAAAAACGCAUCAUUUCCCCUGAGCGCAGCCAUCACCCGCCUGAGGAUUCGACACCCACGCCUCAAUGCCUACCUACACCGACUGAACAUCAUCCAGGACCCACACUGCCAAGGUGCCCCACACAGCCUGACACACCAGAACACUUCCUCCUUCAGUGCCCAAGAUUCCGCUCCCUCCGCACCAACCUCAGAGCAUCCUUAACCCGGUAGCUGCGGGGGUCAUGUUUCUUAAAGCACAUCCAUAAAGUUUUUGAAAAGUGAAUUGUCCAUGAUGGCAACAUGCAUGGUAACCUGUGGCAGAGGACUGGGUAACUUUGUAUGGCAGGAAAUCCUUGAGAAAAUACCAGGAACAGUUGACCUCAGACACUUGAGUGAGGGUAAAGUAGCAUUCAAGAUCUGUCAUGCUGUGGGCAUUACUGACACUGCCUUGAUGCAGGGCCAGAAGUGUGUUGGUGAUGGAGGAAAUUUGGAUGAUAAUGAAGAAAGUAGAGAGGCAAAAAAGGAACACAAUAUCACAAGUCCAAUAUCAAAGGAAUUGGUUGGCACCAAAGAAAUGACAGGAGAGGAACACACUGCCCUACAAAAAAUUACAGAACCUCCAGGAAUACCCACUGAAGAGGAGGAUCAGUGGGUUGCUGCCAUUUCUCACAUUUACAAACUGAGGCUGGUGGAACGAGUGUUUACACUGCUUCACUGUGAGGACAUUGAUUCCAAAAAUGGAUAUCAUGCUGAUGAUGGAAGUUCAAGACCUGAUGACAUCCUAAAAACUUAUGAAAGCAAGAUAAAGAGUCUCACUGAGAGCAUCAAAUGGAAUGACUUGGCUGUUAAGCUGAAGCGAGUGAAGGGUCACCAGGAUGAAGGAAGGUCAAGGCCCGUGUGGUGCCAAGACCCCAACUCCUGUCCAGGCUCACUGAGGAGAAGGCAAAUGAAGCAAGAGCUGGGAGAGAAGCGAGCAGCAUUUGCAUCAUCAGGAGAAAUACCGAGAAGCUUUCCCAAGUGUCAGAGAGAAGUCAACAUAACAGGAAAUCAAAAGAAAAAGAUGAACAUGCAUGAAACCAACAAAAUCAGUGAUGGUGAGCUAAACCCUACAGUGCCAAACAAUAAAUGCAAAUAUGAAAGUGCAAAGAUUCCAAGAAUCUCUGAAGACAACAUUGCUGAAAAUGAUGAUGUACAUGGUAGCAGUGAAUUCAGAUCUGAAACUGAUUUGAGUAACAAAACACAGCAUUCACUGAGAUCUCAAAAGGAAGAUGCCAAAGAUGUGGGGGGGGAUCAUGAGGAAACUGAUUCUUAUGAAGGCAGUUUGCUGAUGCCGGCAGACAAUAAUCCUGCAAAAAGAAACAUAGAUCUAACACCAGAUGAGAGUAAAUCACCUCAAAGUAAAAGAUUUAAAAAAAAUAAUUCCCAACCUUCCCAAAUGAACCUUGAAGUGGUAAAGAAAGAUCAAGACAAUGAAGGGAACUCCACUGAACAUAUGUCAACAACCUUCCGAGUGUCCAGUCGGGUGUCAGGUCCCUAUAAAAACAUUCUCACUGUGAAGUGGAUUAAUCGCGUACUUGGUCAACAGCUCAGCGAGGCCAUGGCAGGCUGGGUGCCAGACUGGAGGCAGCCCUUAGUGGACCUGUAUGUAAAUCUUACAUCAUCACAUUAUAUCGUAGGUGCAGUGCUGUCUCCCAGACCCUUGUCCCUGCGGACUUACAUCCCCCACCUAACCCUGCGCUCCACAAUAUGCCACUUGAUGGCCAGACUUUCCUGUUUGCCCCCCAAGGCCAUUGUUCUGGACCCAAUGUGUGGUGGAGGGAGUAUUCUGGUGGAAACAGCCAUGAGCUUUGAUGUUAGUCAUGUAAUAGCAAGUGACAGCAGCCGAGAACAACUGGAGGUGGCCAGAUGCAACCUCCACAACCUCAGAGUUCCUGUAACCCUCCUGCAGGCAGAUGUGCAAGAACUGCCUCUGCAAGACUCAUCAGUUAACACAGUGCUUUGUGACUUCCCAUUUGGCCAGAAGCACAAGUUGGCCUCAGAGAGCCAACAGUUAUUGGCGAAGGUACUCAGGGAGAUGCACAGGGUGUUGGUGUGUGGCGGCCGUGCUGUGUUUCUGUUGUCCCCGCGGCAGAGGGAGGUUGUGUCUCAGCUGGCACAGGACAGGACCAAGACCGCAUCUGAUAUAGGUGCAGGUGAUCACCUAAUACUUUUGGAGACCCACUUUGUGUCUCUUGGUGAAACAUCAGCCUUUGUUGCAGUCCUGGCCAAAGAACACUCAUCCCUAGCAUCAUCAAAGGAGGAAAAGGGAGAUGUAUUAUCCUGACGCCGUCCAUUUAUUGUGUAUGAAGUAACCACUGAAGGAAAUACACAAGGCUCAUAAGUUUUGA